AUGGCUGAAACUGGGGAAAAAACGGAUAUAGCUUUUAGAAAUCUGGAAUCACGAUCUAAAUCAUCUGUCAUGAAAAGAAUGAUUUUUUGUUUCAAUAAAAAAUAUAAACGUGAGAAACAAAUCGAUUUAGCAACGGAAAAUUUAAUCAUCAAUAAAGAUAGUGAAAUUGGUGAAAAGAAAACCGAUGCAAAUAAACAAGACACAGAAGGUGAAACAAAGAAAAAAUUAACCAUACGUGAAAGAAUUCAAAAGAUACCAAGUAACCUUAAAGAUCUAGUUAUUGAUUCAUCUGAAAGUGGAUACUAUUAUUGGAUUGGAAUUGUUACAAUCACAGUACUUUAUAAUGCAAUUGUUUUACCAAUGAGAUCUGCAUUCACUCAAUUUCAUGAAUUAAGUCCUAUCAUUUGGAUGGUAUUAGACUAUUGUAUUGAUUGUGUCUAUUUUAUGGAUAUUUUUGUUGGAUUACGUACAGGUUACUUAGAAGAAGGUUUAUUAGUACGUGAUAAAGAAAAAUUAAAACAAGCUUAUAUUAAACGACAACAAUUUAUUAUUGAUAUAAUGGCAAUAUUGCCAACGGAUUUAUUUUAUUUUAUACCAGUAUUAAAUCAUUAUGCUUCAUGGUUAAGAUUUAAUCGUUUAAUGAAAAUUUAUAGAUCAUUUGAAUUUGUUGAUAGAACUGAAACACGUACAAAUCGACCAAAUCUAUUUCGUAUUUCCAUGCUUACUACUUAUAUAUUAGUAUUAAUUCAUUGGAAUGCAUGUAUUUAUUUUGGAUUUAGUCGUGCUACUGGUUUAAGCUCAGAUUCAUUUGUUUAUCCACCACGUUCCAGUGAUGAUACAUCGGAUGAAUAUAAAAAUUAUACAGAACAAUGGGAUCGAUUAUUUUCUCAAUAUGUUUAUAGUUUCUAUUGGUCUACAUUAAUCUUAACAACAAUUGGAGAAACACCAAAACCAGUACGUAAUGCUGAAUAUAUAUUUAUCACUAUUGAUUUUCUUGUUGGGGUAUUAAUAUUUGCAACGGUUGUUGGUAAUGUUGGUGCAAUGAUAACAAAUAUGAAUGCAGCUAGAACAGAAUUUCAAAAUAAAAUGGAUGGUGUUAAAAGAUAUAUGGAAUUUCGUAAAGUUAACAAAGAAUUAGAACUUCGAGUAAUCAGAUGGUUUGAUUAUUUAUGGACUAAUAAACAAUCAUUAGAAGAGGAUAGUCUUAAUGCUUUACCAGAUAAAUUAAAAGCUGAAAUUGCUAUUCACGUUCAUUUUGAUACAUUAAAACGUGUUAGCAUAUUUAAAGAUUGUGAUCCUGGUCUUUUAGUGGAAUUAGUACUUAAACUUCAAUUACAAGUAUUUUCACCAGGUGAUUAUAUAUGUCGAAAAGGUGAUAUUGGCAAAGAAAUGUACAUAGUUAAACGUGGUAAAUUAAGUGUAGUAUCUGAAGAUGGUAAAACUGUAUUUGUUACACUUGGUGAAGGUUCUGUAUUCGGUGAAAUAUCUAUAUUAAAUAUAGCUGGCAAUAAAACAGGUAAUCGUAGAUCAGCAAAUGUACGAUCUGUUGGUUAUUCUGAUUUAUUCUGCCUUAGUAAAGAUGAUCUUUGGGAUGCAUUAACUGAAUAUCCAGAAACUAAAACAAUACUUAUGCAACGUGGUCAAGAUAUAUUACGUAAAGAUAAUUUAUUAGAUGAAGAUGUAUUACGUAAAGCUCAAGAACAACAAGAAUCAAUUGAACAAUGUGUUCAACGUAUUGAUGGUACAGUAAAUCAAUUAACAACACGUUUAGCUAGAUUAAUUGGUGAAUUUGGUGCUAGUCAAGCAAAAUUAAAACGUCGUUUAGCUAGAUUAGAACAAGAAUAUGAUAUGAAUUCAUCAUUUUUAGUACAAGAUAAUAAUAAUAACAUUCCUAAAUAUAGAAAAUAUAGUGAACAACUAACAAAUGAUAGGCAAUUACAAAGUAAUACACAAUUAGAAUAUAAUAGAAAAUCAAUUCAAACAAUAAAACAAGGUAGUAAAUUGAAAAUUAAUCAAAAACAACAUAAUAUAUCUAAUAGUAGUUCAACAUCAUUAUAUGAUAAACGUGAAUCAUUAAGUUCAUUAGGAUCUAAUAUAACAAAUGAAACAUUACCUUUUGUCAUAUAUUGGCACAACAUUAAACUGCCAUCCUUGACCUUGGUCUUCUCCAAAUUCCUAAAUCGACUCCACAUUAACUGUAUAUACGUUUUAAACAUGGUACUGACUCCAAUAUUUCGCCUAGAACAAGAUGAAAAAAAACUUAAGGUCAUCAUUCAUGCUCCACUAGCUAAAAUAUCUGAAAUGGAAGUAUGCGUUGAAGAACAAACUUUUUAUUUUGACUCCUCCCCGUACUAUCUCAAAUUCGAUAUUCCAGGUUCUGUAUUAACGGAUGAAGAUACUUUUGACUAUGAGCUCAUCGACGGUGAUAUACACGUUACAUUGGAGAAGUCUAAACCAGGACUCUUCAAGGAUUUAGAUUUAAUCACAAAAUUGUUGAUAACUUCGUCUGAAACAAAGCUGUCCAAGUGUUUGAUUGAAGAAUUGAAUGAUACUGUUGAACAACAAAAGUGUUGGUCGUUGGACUGGUUUAGCGAUUCAAAAAGUAUAAGUUCAACGCCAGAAGAUGUGGUUCUUUCUAACCCAACUUAUGGUUUUAGUGGUUCCAAAUCUGGACUGUUCCAAGUUGAGUCUGAUUUAACACAUGCAGUGGAUCUGCCUCAUCCAGAUUCCGUUGAUGUUUUCAAACGAUCAGAGCUUAGAAAAGUGGAUGAAGAGAAGAAAUUUCUUGUCGAUCAUUAUCUUGCUGAUUAUUUCGAAUCGGACUCUUGGAUUCGUAUGAAAAACAUUGAUUUACCAUGGUCUAUUAAUAAUAAUACUAAUAGUUUACCAGAAUUCUCAUCUGAUGAACGUCAUCGUCUAAUCACUUUAUCAACUCGUCGACUUCCUCUUCAACCUGAUAAUCCUUUAGAAGAAAAAAUGAUAUAUUUAGGCCUACUCGAUCUAUUAUUUGCUUAUAUAUAUGAUUACAGAGUUCGUGAAGGUGAGACGAUGUCCGAAUCCGGUUGGAAUGUAGUGAAACUUGCAGCUACACUUUCAUGGUUUGAGGUUUAUCAUUCCUUACCGGAAGUUGUUGUGUCAUUCUAUAGACGUGCUUUAACUUAUCCCCUUGUACGAAGUUGGAGAUUUUGCACACUUAUCAAACGCGAUGCUUCUUAUCUUUUACAGCAUACUAAUACCAAACAAUGGUGUUUGAAGUGUCUAUUAGAAAUUCGUGAGUUUUUGGUCGCCUAUCCUGGCUAUCAUGUAUUCGCUGAAUUAUAUCUAAAUGAUUAUAUUGUAUGGAUUCAGACGCGAGCAUGUGAGUCGAAUUUACAUGAUCUUGGCAAAAGUUUAGAAGAAUUUAAAAUGAAAAAAGAUUUUGUCGAAUUGAACUUGAAACAAAUUGAACAACUUGGUCAUGAAUGUUUAAAAAUGGAAAAAUUACAAGAUUCAUUAAAACAAAUGUCAUUUUCUGUGAAUGACAUAGAAGAUGAAAAACCGAAACCUUUACAAACUUGA